AUGACGGAUAAUAAAUUCCUACGGGCACGAUUAAAAUAUGAACGGAACUCGCUUGAAAAAAACUACAACGGGGAAAAAUUCCCAUGGAAUUGGAGAAACGGAAUGGCUUUAUUCGAACUAAACAUAAAGACGAGCCGGAAUAAUGUCUACAGAUUACGUAUUUUGGUAGGGGAAAAUUAUCCCAAACAACUCCCCGAUUUGGUUGUAUGUGCUUCGCCAAAACCGAUGCCCAAAUCUUUAGAAUGGCAAGGAACACAUACGACUCAUACUUGGCCACAGAAACAUGGACUUUUACAGAUUUGCUUCUAUCGUCAGGUGUGUUGGGAAAAACAAAAUAUAAGGCUGUGUCAGGUUUUUGAGAAAGGCGAGCAAUGGCUAGAAGCGUACGAAGAGCAUCUUGCGACUGGUAAACCUAUGGACGAAUUGUUGCCUCCGAUGGAGCCAACGGAAGAAGAAUUUCAGGAAGAGGAACGUCGUAGGGCAGAAUAUGAACGUCGUAUGGCAGAAUUUGAUCAGAAGAUACUUGGGCUGAAAUGA